AUGAAGCGCUCAUUCAUUUUGUGUGCAGUUAUCGCGAGUGCCACUGGAGGAGUGCUGGAUGUCCUGCCCAACUUGCUCACGUCUCUGCUGAAUGCCGACCACAAAAAACUCCGUCAUCAACACCUGUUGCCGGCGGUCGAGGAGGCCGCCGCUGCCGUCGAGUCCCUGGUUCUUGACCGUCCCACAACCCUCGACCGUCCCACAGGCCUGGACCGUCCCUUGGUCGUGGAGGACCAGAUCCGGCCGUUGCACCGAUUGCCCGGCAUCCUCUCGGACACCCUCAGCUCGCUGAUCGGGCUCCGGCCAGGCGCCGGUGGAGAAUUCGACUUCGGCCUGUCCCUCGGUGCCGGCCUCGGCGGUAGCGCCGGCGCAGUCGCUGUCGGCGGCGCCAACGGAGCCGUAGCUUUGAACUUACCCAGCGCCGGCGUGGUUCCCGGUGUCAGCGUGACUCCCAACGCCGGCGUUUCUGAAACUGUUCCCCCCGCUGAAGCCGUGGCUCCGGCCAACAUGGUGAGCAGUCCGGUCACCGUCGACGGUCCAGUCCGCGGUCGCCGUGUGGGUGACGCCCGAAUGGGUGGUGACCGCCGCGGGGAGGGCCGAAUGAGUGACGGCCGGGUGGAGAUACCGGAGAUGAACUUUGAGUUGCCAAGUGUGGCCGGUGGGCCGGGCGUGCGUGUGAAUAUGCCGGGCAUCACGGUCUCACCGGGUGCGGAUCGCGACCCUUCUGAUCGGUCUUUGGAUCGACCUUCAGGUCGACCUUCAGGUCGGGCGAACAUAGUGGUUGUGCGGCGGACGAACGAGGACAUUUUCGACGACGAUGGUGGAAUCGACUUUGGCGGAGGUGACCUACCGGAGGUGGUGUUGCCCGAAAUCGUCUUGCCCGACCUGCCGGAGGCCGCGUUGCCAGAGGCGGAGUUAUUGCAAGGCGGUGUCCCGCGCAACUACCAUCGUACGCAGCAAACGAAUCGCGACCACGCCUCAAGACUCCAGGACGCUGCGCCCGAGGCCGUCUUCAUGAGCCCUGCCGACUGGUUCAGGGUGCCCGCCUUCCCCUCCAUGGCCUUCCGCUUCCCCAGUCAACUAUUCCCAACGGACAUGUUCAAAAUCCCGCCCUUCCCUGAGUUCCCGGAAAAUGCAACUGUGACCUCGACACUCGUUGAAGAGUCCUACGACCCACAAGGCAACCUCAACGUCGUAACCAAACAAGUGGAACCCAAACGCGUUGCCACCUCCCAGAGCACCCGAGCGCCCACGAGCUCCUCGACCAGCGCCCAAAGGGCCUCAACCAGCGCCCAAAGCACUUCUGCCCAAAGCACUUCUGCCCAAAGCACUUCUGCCCAAAGCACUUCUCCCAACAGCACUCGCACCAAUGUGGCUCAGAACACCAGUGUAGCCACGAGCACGCCGAGGCCGAGUACUGCGACAGUCCAAAGAGCAGCGUCUAGACCGCUGCGGGGCACGCUGCCACCGAUGGAGAGAAUGACCUCCGCCGCGUCCACGAGCACGUACGUGACGGAAACCGCAAUGUCGGAGACCGCCAUGACCUUUACGGAGACCGCCACGACUUACACAGACACCGCCGAGACAAACUCCUCCAGUCUGGCUGCUGCCGACCUGUUGGAUACCCGCGGCCCGACCACCCGGCCUUUCUCCACGGUCACCACCGACGUCACCGUCUUUCCACUGCCGCCCGUGCCCGAACCUCCCCGCCAGCCGUACCUAGAUCAAAUGGCCAACCUGCCGCCGCCGCCACCCCCGCCACGGCCGCCCUACUUCUACUCUGCCUUCAUGCCCUCCUGGGAGAUGCCCCAGUUCCACCUCGACCGGCCCGCCUACUACGGUUAUUCUCCACCCGGACCCGCCCCCGGGAUCUCAUCCCCCGCUUUCCCCACCGCCUGGCCCAUCGCCAGUCCCACCGCCUGGCCCAUCGCUAGCCCCUCGGCCGCACCCGUCGCCGUGCCUACUCCAGGCCCCGUGCCCACGCUCGGCCCCGUGCCCACCCCCGGCCCCGUGCAGCACUACUGGUCGAUGCCUACUCAGCCACCCCACCCAUGGUCGAUGCCUACUCAACCACCCCAGUGGUCCACCUCUACGCAGCUGUCCAGUCCAACUGCUUCCGCCGGCCACACCACCGCUAGCGAGUCUACCGCUUCCAGCGGUUACACAACUGCCGCUAGCGAGUCAACCGGUGCUGCAAGCCAGGCCCACUUGAGCCAACAAGAAUUCUUGCCGUAUGUGCAAUCGCCCUUCCUGGAGCCUUCCCUCCCGGCCGAACCCAUCGACUCGAUCCCCAUCGACUUCCCAUGGGCGCUGCCCGAAGCGCCGACCGGGCGUCCUUUCCCGACGGGUCGCCCCCGUACGCUGCCUGCCGACCGCGCGGCGGCUGUGAGUCGCUCUCGUGCACGUGGGCACGAAUCCGCAGUUGGUGCGCCGCAGUUGGGAGCUCCGCAGUUGGGACUGCCGCAGCUGGGGGUGCCACAGGUGGGAGCAUCGCAGUACGGACCGCCACCCUUCGUCUAUCAGGCGCCUGCGCCCGCUCCGCCUACGGUGAUUGUGUUGCCGCAGCCGGCGACCAGCUUCACCCCGCCGCCGCCUCCCCCGCCUCCGCCGCCGCCUACCCCCCUUUCGUCGAUGAUUCCGACCGGAGUGGUUCCGGGAGUGGUGCCAGGAGUGGUUCCGGGAGUGGUUUCGGGAGUGGGAGCGGUGCCGGGUGUGGUACCAAGUGUAGGCGCUGAGUGGGACUUCUCCAAAUUGUUUCCGGGCGGUAACUCUGCUCUGCAGGAGUCUUUGACGAAGACAUUGCGUCAGUGGUUCUUGGAGAACAUGCGAGCGAAGCAGGCCACGGACGCGGAGGGUGUGGACUGGCAGAUCGAGAAGCCGUUCGUGUCGCGAGCGGAGGACGAGACGAUGGUGGACACCACAAUGUUGCACCCCUCGGCGUCGUUCAGUCUGCGACAACCGCACGAAGACCCGUCUGUGUAUCUGAGAGAGAGCAAGUUGAAGAACCCCCAAGUCCGCGACUUGGCGAUCGAGGACGAGAUCCGGGCCCUGAUUCUGGCGAACCCGCAAGUGCUGGAGACACUGGGACUGAACCUACCACAACGUGACGGCCGUCGGGUCAACAUCACCAAGUCCGUGCACGAUCGCCCGACUGCGCUCCGUUUAGAUCUGCCAAACGUACUGCCCAACGGCCCGCUGUACGAGACUAUUAUGGACCACCCGCUAAGCCAUGCCCUGAGCCUUAAGGACGUCGAGGGCGACUUCCUCAACUACCUCCGCACCCAACGACCUUACGUGCGCGAAGAACUCACGCCCGACCGCAAGUACAGCUACACCGAAGCACCUGCUGCCGUCCACGUCGACCACCCCGGCCACUCCGAAACGUACAUGCAGAGACCCUUCGUGGAACAGGUCUUGGACGAAGCAAACGGCGCCAGCAAGGUUUGGGUCGAAAACCCGAUCGCACUCGACCGCAAUUCCACCACCUUUAAGCAUCAACCGCAACCUCUGAACCUUGACAUAGAACUCUUCAAGUGGGGUCCCAGUAGCACCCAGGAACAACUCAAGGCGCUGUACCGCAGCAACAACAAGGCCGAGCCUCUGACCUACGUCGCCGAAGCCGGCCUGACUGACCUCGACGUCUCGGCGCUCUGGGAACUCCAAGACGAUCUUGACGUUGAGGAAGAGGAGUAUGACGCCUCUGACGACGCCGGCGCCGCCCUCGACGAAGACGAUGAGGUGCUUGACUACGGCUUCAUGUCAUUCAACGGCUACGUGGAGUUCGACGACGAGGCCUACGUGGACGGCGACCUUCUGGAAGGCGGCGAAGCCUGGGAAGAGCCUGACGGUGGUUGGGCCGAGGAGGGAGCCGAGUUCCAGUUUGCUGACGACCCGGUCGGCGACGCGCUCGACGCCACCCCAGGCGAGUUCGGGGCGGAGCGCGGAUUCGAACGCGGAUUUGAGGAUGUGGAGGAUGCCCUGCCCGACUUCGACCUCGAGGAUAUUUAUGCGGCCAACCUGGCGGCCUCUGCUGAACUGGCUCCUGAACGGGACAUGCAGGCGGCAGUUGUGGAGCGGGAAUACAUCGAACAUCGCGUGCUCGACACGGGCGAGACGCCAGCGAAGGUGUGCAAGGGCUUGGGCGAAUUCCCGAUCUUCUAUAUCAACUUACAGAAGCAGAGCAACCGAAGGCGGUACAUGGAGGAGACCUUUGGUCCGUCGGCGGUGCGGGUCGGUGGUACGAAUGGCACGAAUCUGUUUGCUGUCUUGGACAAGUACCGCAUAGGCGAGCCUGAGGCGUUCGUGAACGACCCGUGGGGGUACUUACGGCGCGAGCAUCAGACGACUCCAGGCGAGCUGGGGGCCCUAAUCGGGCACCUGGACGCAAUCAAGAAGGCUUAUCAAGGGCACCACGACACAGUGUUGAUUAUGGAGGACGACAUGGGGGUGCAGCUUUGUCCCUACUGGCCGGCCUCGUUGGCGGUAGUCAAGUCGCAGGCCGACAUCUACUACCCCGGCUGGCAUAGCAUCCAGCUGCAGUGGACGCCUGUGGGCCAGCAGGCCGACAUCAUCAAGAGCAAGUGGCACCGCUCUGUGAAGGAGCACCUGCUUGAGGGCCGCCAGCGCCACCUGGACAUCGGCUACGGCGACUGGGACGAACAGUGCAUGCCUCUCGUCGGCCACGUCUCCACCCUGCACGGAAACGGCGCCACCCUCUGGAGCAGACGCGGACUCAAACACGUCCUCCAGAAAUACCAAGAGACCAUUGUUUCCCGCACACGUGCUGGUGAAGCUAUUCGCAAAUGGAAAGCAGACCCUACCCUCCCCGCCACACCGGACCACAUUCUCCGCCAGAAUGAAGGAGCCCUCACCCUCUUUGCUGCCCCACCUAUGUUUGCACAACGCUUCGCUGAAGACACCUCCGCCAUUAAGAACGACCUCGAGUGGCGAAAGACCAACCUCUUCGGUAGCAUCUUCGCACUCCAGUGGUACAUGGAACUUCAGGAACUUUACAGACCUGGCUCGCGCGACCUUUUGCCCCUCAAACACUUCGAAUUCGCCAUCAAUAUCUGA